ACAAAAUCAGUGACCCUAUGAAUCUUCAAAUUGCGUAAUUGGUUAGCAGUUUCCCUAGAUUCAAUCUAGAUGGCAAUGUAAUCGGAUCUCUUUUAGCACAUUUUCUUGUAUUCCUUGUAAAACAUUUUUCAUCUACUUCAAUCUACUUUACGUAUGCUGAAACGAGCUGACCAUUCUGAAAGCAUCAUCUGAUUACGAUCAAUACCAUUUACGUAAACAGAAACACAACGUUAUUUGAUACAAAAAUUUCAGAGCAUAUGUUAAAACAGUAAAUAAAUAUUUGUAACAUUUUCUGUUCAACCAUAAAACCGAUACUACAAAAUUACAUAAAUCAUGUAAUGCGUCAAUAUAAAAUAAAACCAAGAUGUAAUAGAUAUAAAAUUAGGAUAAAAUAUUUAACCAAGCGACUGAAUAGACGUCAACAAGAAUGCCAGCGAAAAGUAAAAAGAAGAAAGACAAAAGGAGAAAGAAAAAAGAAAAAGUAAUCGAUGCAGAGAAGCAGGAGAUACGAGAUAAGAAGUUAAGGGAAGCUAAGAAGCGAAGGGAUGAAAUUAUAAAUAAAAUAAAAUUCAGUUUGAAUACAAAGUUUAAAGAGAGAAUGAAGGUGAAGGAAGCAGAUUUAAAAAAAGAAACGAAAUUGCGGGAGAAGGAAAUACGAGAUCAAAAGAAAAGUCCGAACGAGAGGAAAAUGAGUGAGAUUCGUCGCGACAUGAAAACCAUCAUUGAGGCCGGAGUGGAGAAAGUGAACGCGAGUACAGUGCUUUUGAAUAAAAUAAAAUUCGACGGAAAGUCCACGUUAACUGUACAGGACACAAAGUACAAAUUACAGUAUAACGUUCACAUGAUCGGCUGGGGCAAAGAAGCCAUCAUGCUUGGCGGAGCUUUUGAAAAGUUAAUAGGGAAGCAUUUGAAAAAAGGAUGGCUGAUUGUUCCACGAAAAACAAUUUUUAACAUGUGGAAUUAUCCAUCGUGGCUUCCUAAACUUGAUACGCGAAUUACUUACGCGGAAGUUGGUACUGAUGGGAAGCCUGAUGAAAAAUCAGUAGAAAUUGGACGCAAGAUCGUUGAGUAUUGCAGAGGUUUAAUGAAGAAUGAUAUACUGUUUGUGAUCCUGUCAGGAGGUACCGACGAUCUAUUAUGCUGUCCACCAAAAACAAUCAGCGUUAAGGAUAAGCUUGAUGUCCUUGCUACGUUGAAAGCAUCGAACGCUACCUGUAAGGAUAUUAACGUCGUCAGAAAUAAGCUGUCAAUCCUCAGAGGAGGAUAUCUUGCAAGAUUUGCUUAUCCGGCUAAAGUGAUAACACUGAUAAUGUCAGACACGCCUGGAGAUACAAUAACGGAAUUCGCUGGAGGACCAACAACGAAUGACACGAGACAUUACUUGGCCCCUUCGAUUUUGCGAAGAUACAAAAUUUAUGAUAAAUUAUCAAACAACGUGAAGGAAGUUCUGGAAAAGAAAGCACCAGAUAUCAUGGAUCCUCUUCUAUACGAAAAUAAGGAAUUCAACUUUGUGGACAUUUACGAGAUAGCGAAUAUCCCAGAAGCUAUUGAAGGAAUGUCUGAGGCUGCAUUCAAAUUGGGACUCGUUUCUAUAAAAUUGAAUCCCAGCGUAUCUGGGUCCGUGCGAGAAAUCAGUCGAGAAUAUGCCAAGAUGGCUUCUUUACUUAUACUUGCCGUAGAAGGGAAGAUCACGAAGCUGGAGAUGUACGAAUCCAUGAAAGAGAGCAACGUGAUGUACCUUACCGAGAAGAAGGUACACGAAAUUUUUCCUUCCAAGGAAAAAUGGGGAUUGGGUCUCUGUCUUCUUAUGGGUGGACGUCCCGACGUCGAGGAUUAUGAGAAUGGAGACGGUGGACCGAAUCAGGAACUAGCACUUUAUUUCUCUUUCGAUUGGUACCUAAGAACGAAGCAAUAUCCAAUUUUGAAUGAGUACGUCGUAUGGAUUCUAGCUGGCAGCACUAGCGGCAGAGACGGGAACUCUCAGGUAGCUGGAGCUUAUGGAUACAGUAGCCUCGGCCCUGGUGUAUAUAAACGUUUUAAGGAAGUAUCUAGAGCAUACGAGGAAGCCAAGGUAAAAUCGAAAAAUCUAGAGAAACUGCAACCCGAUAGCGUCGAGACUAAGGAGGCAGUCAAAAUAUGUACGGAUUUGAAGAUAGAAAUGGACAAACUGUCAGUGAUCAUGCCAGAUCGUGUCUUGAUGAAGCACAACGUGAAUUCUAUGUAUCUAAAUAUCAAUGACGGCGACGAAUUAUUAGAAUUGGGUACCGGAACCGGAUAUACAUAUACGAACGUAGGUGAUCUUCAUAUUAUACGAAUUGUACGUUUCCAAUGCAACUGUGAUGGAUCUUGCGUCGAACAAGGAGGUUUACAGAACCAAACAGACAUUUGUACGGAUAAUGAAUGUUCCGUCAAUCCCAGAAGACCCGUGGAUCAACCAAAGCCGCACUGUUGCAUGCGAAUUACUAAGCCCAAAAUCAAGAUCCGUUAAAACCCAAGAUAUUAAAUCACGACGCAUUAACCAGCUCCGCCAAACGUACUAUGGUACACGUUACUAACUAUAAGCGUCAAAUUUUUUUAUUGUAAAUUGAAGAUCAUCGCCAGUUGCACAGUCUGGCAUCUAGUUUACGGUCUUACAUUUUCCCUAGAAAUUUUACAGUCAGAGUAAGAUUUAUGCGAGGUGGCAAGGGAUUCUCCUAUAGUCUGAACGUGUCCUGGGAUCCUGAAAAAGAGGAUAACUCGCGAGUUAUCGUACAAAAAUAAACCAUUCCACAGUAAGAAAC